CGUUACUACUGUAUUGUCCUCGUAUAAUACUACUGUAUUAUACUCCGUACAGCGUUACUACUGUAUUAUACUCCGUUACCACAACUAACACCUCCGUUGUGCUACGAUGGAGAAGAUCGUCCGUUCAAGAAACGAGGACGGGACUGUUUUCUCGGUGGUCUUUCCGUCACUUGACCAAGAGCUGGUUGAAGCCGCUACCCAGCAGGCUCCCAGCAAGGAGAUGCAGUAUCUCAGAAAACAGAACUUUGAGCAGGCCUCAGUCAUUGCUGCUCUGAGGGAGCAGAUGGCCGCCAAGGAUUCCAGCUGGGAAGAGGAGAAGAUGAGGAUCCUGAAGGCUCUCAAGUCAGAGAGACUCAUCAGGAAAGAAGCCCAGAAGGGCUUCAAAGGACAGGACAACCCUGACCUCCAGGUUCAACUCCUCCAGACUCCCAGCAACCAGCUGAAGGACUCUCACCAGCACAACACUGAGCUGGCCACCGAAAUCACUGCCCUGAAGCAGCAGAUGGCCGCCAAAGAGUCCCGCUGGGAGCUGGAGAAGAACAAGAUCCUGAUGGCUCAGAGAGCCAUCAAGAUACAGGCUCAGAAACAGGAGGUGACCGUCUCUCUCAGUCAAAGUCUGCUUGAAAAGCAGAAUGAGAUCGUGAUGGUCAAACAGACUCCCAGCAACGAGCUGAAGGACUCUCAACAGGUCACCGAGCUGGCCGCCGAAAACGCUGCCCUGAGGGAGCAGAUAGCCGGCUGGGAUCUGGAGAAGAACAAGAUCCUGAAUGCUCUCAGGUCAGAGAGAACCAUCAGGAAGGAAGCCCAGAGGGACCUCAAAGACCAGGACAAGCAAAACCCUGACCUCCAGGUUCAACUCCUCCAGACUACCAGCAACCAGCUGAAGGACUCCCAGCAGCACAACACUGAGCUGGCUGCCGAAAACGCUGCCCUGAGGGAGCAGAUGGCCGCCAAGGAGUCCCGCUGGGAGCUGGAGAAGAACAGCUCAGAUCAGAGCCUGAUACAGGUUCAGAUGGACCUGCAGACCAAGGAGCAGGAGAAACAGGACGUGACCGACUCUCUCAGUCAAAGUCUGCUUGAAAAGCAGAACGAGAUUGUGAUGGUCAAACAGACUACCAGCAAUCAGCUGAAGGACUCCCACCAGCACAACACUGAGCUGGCCGCCGAAAACGCUGCCCUGAGGGAGCAGAUGGCCGCCAAGGAGUCCGGCUGGGAGCUGGAGAAGAACAGCUCAGCUCAGAGCCUGAUACAGGCUCAGAUGGACCUGCAGACCAAGGAGCAGGAGAAACAGGAGGUCACCGACUCUCUCAGUCGAAGUCUGCUUGAAAAGCAGAACGAGAUCGUGAUGGUCAAACAGACUACCAGCAACCAGCUGAAGGACUCCCACCAGCACAACACUGAGUUGGCCGCCGUAAACGCUGCCCUGAGGGAGCAGAUGGCCGCCAAGGAGUCCCGCUGGGAGCUGGAAAAGAACAAGAUCCUGAUACAGGUUCAGAACGAUCUGCAGACCAAGGAGCAGGAGAAACAGGAGGUGACCGACUCUCUCAGUCAAAGUCUGCUUGAAAAGCAGAAUGAGAUCCUGAUGGUCAACCAGCGCUGGACUGAAAAGUGUGAAAAGGCCUGUGAAGCUUGGAAGGAGGAGAACAGGGAGAUCAGAGAGACCUGUGAGAGAGAGCUCCAAUCUGCACUUGAUCAAAAGAAUCUGAUGGUCAAAUCUCUGCAGGACGAGUCGGACAGGAAGGUGAGCCAGGUCGUCCUGGAAAAGGAUGAUCUGAUCACCGGAUUGACGACGGCCAAGAUGGCUCUGGAGGCCGAGUGGACAACGAAGCUUGCCCCUCUGGAAGAUCAGAUCCGGCUCAAGACCGACACCACCACAGACCUCCAGGCACAACUCCUCCGCCUCCAGGAGCUCCACCAGAAACUUGACCUGGGAGCGCUGAAGAUGACCGCGGAGGAGAUGAAUGCCAAGAAGAAGGAGUUAAAGAAGCUGAUUGUGGAGAAGGAGAAGGAGGAGAAGAGACAGAAGAAAGAGAGGGAGGAAAGAGAGAAGAGAGAGAAGAAGGAGAGGGAGGAAAGAGAGAAGAGAGAGAAGAAGGAGAGGGACGAAAGAGAGAAGGAGGAGUUGAAAAGUGUGAAGAAGGAAAAGGAGGCUCUGGAGAAAAAAGAGAAGGAGGACUUGAAAAGGGAGAAGAAGGAGAGGAAGGAGAAAGAGAGGAGAGAGAAGUAGCAUCCUUUCUCUCCACAUUCUUCCCCCAUCCCCCUUCUGACCAUCCCGCCCCUUCACCCCCUACACC